AUGGUUAAUGGCCUCACAGGAGCAUUUUCGCUUGUUCUGUUACUCCAAAACUUUGUAGAGCCCAUAAAACACAAAAACACGAAUUGCUAUGUACACAUGCAUAAUAAUGUCAGUAAGAACAACUUUAUCAACACAGAAACGAAGGAAGUAUAUCAGACUAGAAUUAAGGGAACCAAAAACAUUCUUCAUGAGAGUUACAAGAACAGGUAUGUUCCACUGUUCGUGUCCAAGGGAACCGAACUGUUAAGCUCGUUUUUUAAGAAUAACAGACGGAGGAAUGGAGAUAACUCGACAAAUAUUUCGGCGAACGGGAAGAAGGGUGCACCCUCUUCGUUUAAUGAGAAUAGAUCCGCGCGUGCUACUAUAUGCAAGUCUUCAAGUGGGAAAAAAUGGGACUCAAGGAAGGACACCGCGCAGGAGAGAAUCGCCCAUGAGAAGAAGUGCACUGAGCAGAGGAGCGCUAUUGAAGAACUAACAGAUGAAUUGGUUAGCAGCUUGAGUAGCCACACGGAUGAAGGUUUUAUGAGUGUCACAUCGAAUGAUCACCACGAGAGGAAGUACAACCCAGGGAGAAGUCACCACCCAAGGAAUAUGAUCAAUGAAAAUGGGAACAGUGACAGCAAUCCUUGUAUGAAUUCAGCUAGUUACAACCCAGGGGAGAUGUCCGAUGUGUUCUCAAAAUGGAAUGUUGCCAAGGCGAGUGUCAGGAGGAAAAACAACGUAGAAGACAAUUUUACUUUUAUGAUGGACCUGAUUAAGGAAUCCCCCUCCAUACACUCCAAGGGGGAGGAUGUGACAAUCCCGCAGGAUCGUUCGGGGGAUGCCCUAACAGAUGGUAGACGGCUACACAAAGGGAAGAUAAAAAAGAGGAAGAAACAUCUAAACAGACUGUAUUACAGCUUUAGGGGCCAGAAUGAUUUUCUCUCCCGAAAGGAGGGCACCCGUGGGGGUGACGUCUGUCUCGGCCCGGUAGGUAACUCUCCAAUACAUAAAAACGGAACAAACAUGUUGCAGCGAAGGGCGCAACGUACCAAGGCGCAGAGCAGUCACAACAAAUGUGUUGAUACUGCUUCGUCUGCAAGCCAUCCGAGCCCCUCCAACGACUUCCUAACAUACGAAGAAAAAGAAAGGGCAAAGGAGAAGGCCCAUAAGGAAUACACAAAAUACAUAGAAGAGAGAAGGUACCCAUAUUUUAAUUUCGUAAAAAAUAAAAAUGGGAAGAUAAUAAAAAAAUUACUAAUUGCAAAUAACGGCAUGGCAGCAAUGAAGUGCAUUUUAUCAAUAAAGGAAUGGCUAUUUAAGUCCUUCUCUGAGGAGAACUUAAUGAAGAUUAUAGUGCUAGCCACAGAAGAAGACAUAUCAAGUAAUGCAAAAUAUAUUUCGUUGGCCAACAAAGUUAUAAAAGUACCUCCUGGGAAGAACUCCAACAACUACGCGAACGUUGCGCUAAUUGUGGAUAUAGCAAAGAAGGAACAAGUGGAUGCUGUCUGGCCAGGAUGGGGACACUGCUCAGAAAAUCCGCUACUAUCCGCCAUGCUGGAAAAGGAAAACAUCAUUUUUAUAGGGCCAACUGGAGAUGUAAUGGAAGCCCUAGGAGAUAAAAUAUCUGCCAAUAUCCUCGCACAGAGUGUAAAUGUACCAGUUGUAAAAUGGAGUGGGGAUAGCAUUCGAAUUGAUAAUUUUGAAAAGAAAAUUAGUGAAGAGGUAUACAAUAAAUCUACGAUACAUUCGUUGGAUGCUUGCAUAAAGGAAUGCCAACGGAUUGGGUACCCUGUUAUGAUAAAAGCAUCUCAAGGAGGGGGAGGGAAAGGUAUCCGGAAAGUGGAAAACGAAGCAGAAAUAAAGAAAGCCUACACGCAGGUGCAAAUGGAAUUACCCAACUCGCCAAUCUUUCUAAUGAAAGUCUGUAGCAACGUUAGACACAUCGAAAUACAGGUUGUCGGAGAUAUGUAUGGUAAUGUGUGCUCCCUAAGUGGAAGAGACUGCACGACCCAAAGGAGGUUCCAAAAAAUUUUUGAGGAAGGGCCCCCCUCAGUUGUACCUCCCAAUAUUUUCCGUGAAAUGGAAAAGGCAUCCAUACGUCUAACAAAAAUGAUAAAAUAUAGAGGUGCAGGAACUAUUGAGUAUUUAUAUGACCAGGAGAAGCAGACUUAUUUUUUUCUCGAAUUAAAUCCUCGGCUGCAGGUGGAACACCCCGUGUCGGAGGGCAUCACCAACACGAAUCUUAUUUCGAUACAGCUGCAGGUGGCCAUGGGGAUUCCCCUCCAGAAUAUAGAUGACAUUAGGAGGUUGUACCGAAUAGGGGAAGGGAGUGCAGGCUCGGGCGCGAGUUUUUGUGCACCGGUGGAGGAAACUCACAGGUUCGGUGCUGCGUGUGAGUACAGCCCUCCAAACGGUAGUAGCGAAAGUAGCGGUGGUGGUAGCUCUCCCUCUGGCGGAGAGGGCACCCCCGCGGGCGAGAUGAACCCAUUCGACUUCUACAAUAACAGGCCACAUGUAAGCAACCACGUGAUUGCUGCGCGGAUCACCGCAGAGAAUAGUAAUGACAGUUUUAAGCCCACUUCGGGAAAGGUAAAAAGAAUCCAUUUCCAAAAUUCGAAGGACGUGUGGGGAUACUUUUCAAUCAAUGAUGGAUCCGUGCAUGAAUUCUCCGAUUCGCAAAUUGGGCACAUUUUUGCAAAAGGAGAAACGAGGGAAGUAGCCAGAAAAAAUCUAAUCCUCGCAUUAAGGAAAUUAAACAUAGACGGGGAAAUAAAAACAGGCACAAAAUAUUUAGCAAAAAUUUUGGAAUGCAAACCAUUUAUAGAAAAUAACAUAACGACAAAUUGGUUGGACACAAUUAUUGAGAAAAGAAAAAAUAUCUAUUACAGCGCAGUACAUAUAAUAAUUCUGUGUGCCACGAUUUUUAAACUGCUCGUUCAUUUUAUGAAGGAAAAGGAACAAGUGGAAGAUGCGCUCAGUAGGGAGGACAUUGGAAUAAAACCACAGGAAGAUGCCUUCACUAAUUUGAAAAGGGAGGUAAAAAAUGCGUACACGUUUGAUAUCGUAUUUGAAAAUGUGAGGUACAAUUUUAAGGGUUAUAAUACAGGGGAGAAUCUUUAUACUUUAAAAAUUAACGGACAGGAAAUCGAAGUGCUAGCUAAUUAUGAUAAGAAGAACAAUAAAAUAUUUGCGAGCUUUUUCAACCACACGUAUUUGUAUACAUGUUUGGAAGACAGCUUAGGCAUCCACAUGCAUUUAGAAAAGGACAGUAUUUUUAUCCCCAAGAUGAGUAACCCAUUUCAUUUGAUGUCCAAUACGAAUGGGAAAAUUGUAAAAUAUUUGAUAAAGGAUGGAGAGAAAAUAGAGAAGAAUGAGGACUACAUAGAAGUCGAGGCCAUGAAAAUGAUCAUGACUUUUAAAUCUACAGAAAAGGGUAUUCUCAGGCACAGGAUGUCCGAGGGGAGCAUCGUAAAAAUGGGGGACCUCCUUGGAGUGAUUGAGCAAACCUCUCCUGAUAGCAACACCGAACGGGGAGAGCAAAACGAAAUUAAAACCUUCACUGGACAUUUGGACUUAUCGAAUAAGUACGCAUACGAGUUGGGGGAAGCAAGUCUGCUGCAACACCAUAUUAGGGGGCAGGAUGUUCCCCUCAGUUUUGGCCCCAUGGAUGAGUCUGCGGAAGGUUCCUGGCCGAUUAAUGAUCAAAAAAGGGGGAAAAGUCAUUCGCAUAAAGGAGGUGCAAAUCGUGACGAGGAAGACACACUGACGGUUGUACCAAACCAUGCGCCAAGUGGAAUGCAUCGUCUGAGUGAAAAUACAGGGGGGACGGAACCCGUCGUGGAUGCCCCCAAGUCGGAGGAUUCCUCCUUCUUCUCCUCCUUCGAACAGGACGAGGUGUCCUCCCAGGAAGGAAGCACAAAGAACCGGCUAUUCCUAAAUAAGAAGAAAAACCUAUUCCGCUUAUUUGCAAGCAAAAAGGAUAGUGAUAAAAAAGAACACACUGCAGCGAGUUAUGUUAACGAAAAAUUUAAUUCCUUCAAGGAGUACCUCACUAGUUUAAGUUCGUCCAACGAAAGUUCGGCGGCACCCACUAGUGUCAGCACGAGCGUCAAGGUGGAGGUAGCGGCUCAGUCGAAUAAGUCGUACGCCAAUUCUGAAUCCAGGGAGGGCGCGAAUGUACCGUCCAGUGUGCACACGAUGAAUGAUGAGUCGGGAAGUGCCAACCAAGGGAAUAACUCCACUGGUCUUAAUUCCACCUGCCAAAAUUCUUCAACGGGGGAGAGGGGGGAUCGUAACGAUAAUGUGUCAAGCGAAGUUGUUUCCACGAGGAAUGAAUCCAAUGAGAAGACGUCCAACGAGGGCACACUCAGUUGGGACACGGAAAAUAAGGGGGCAGCAAAAAGUGCAUCAGAAGGCACUUCCAAAUGCACCUCCAACAGUUGCACACAAGUGGGGGGGGACACCCCAGGUGUGGAUGCUCCACGUGAUCACCCAAUCACUGGCGAAGAUUCCAGGAAAAAGCAAUUCCUGUUAGACAUCCCCAAUAUGAAGAGAGUAGAAUAUUUACUAAAAGGAUAUGAGCAGGAUUACCAACAAUGCUUCAACGAAUUAGUGAAAAAUAAACACAACAUUAAGUCCAACUUCAUUUACAUCCUAGACAAAUUUAUAGAAUACAAUUCACUAUUUGCCAAAAAGGAAAAUAUCACACAGGUAGAAGCUUACGAUAUUUUACACACAAAAUUUAGGAACGAGAAGAAAAAAAAAUAUGAAAUUGCCCAUGCGUAUACGUAUAACUAUUUAAGCAUAAAAUUUGUUGAGCUAGUUUUAAAAUAUUUACUAGACAGUGGGCUUACCUCGUUGAGCGAAAUGCCAGAUGACCUCCUGGAUAAGCUAAAAGUUAUAACACAUUUUAGGGGAAAAUCCUUCGGUAACAUCAUUUUGCUCGCCAGAGCGAUAGUACAUAUCGCGGAACAUAUGCGCUUGGUUCAGUUCGUAAAAGGUGCAUUAAACGAUAGGACUGCCAAUUCGGGUGAGAAAAUUAACCAACUGGAGGAGCACAUAAGGAUAAAGCAGAGCAUCAUUAGAUAUUCGAAAUUGGGACAACUUCCAAGUGGUGCAUCUACGCCCUCCUCCACUUCGAGCAGCUAUAGGAACCAUUGCGAACGUGUAGUGAAUACAUUUUUGGGAAGCCCUUCGGACGUGCACAUGUUCCUUCCAUCGCUUUUUACCCCAGAAAAUAAAAGUGCUCUUCUAGAAAUAUACGCCCACAAUUUGUAUAAACACUUUGAUGUCAAAACGGAACUAGUGGGGGAUGACUGUCUGAAAUUUUUUAUAAACGACUCAGAAGAAGAAAAUUUACUCAUCCUAAAUGAGAAAAGUAGGGUACAUGUGGAUGAACUGAUUGGAGAAGGGGGAAUAAAUCCAACUGAUCGACGCAUAAACAGCAUUCAUAUUAUUAACAGAAAUGAAAGUUUCCCUAGUGACUAUGAAGGGAGUUUAGUACAUAUAAAGAAUAGGUGUAAGCAUUUGUACAUUUAUCACUAUUUUGGGGAGAAGUAUGAGGAUGUUUACGAGUGGGGUGGAGACGAAGACACCGGGGAGGAGGUCCCCUCCGGGCGAAGGACAAAUCUGCUGCCCUACCAAAGAUAUAUUUUCUCCUUUGAAAAGAACUGCCAAAAUUAUGACCUACAAAAUGUAGAUGAGAAAAUAUUUAAAGGGACCAAGGUAUUCCUAGGCAUGUACAAAAAGAAUAAAAAAAUCGAAUCGCUGUUUGCAGAGAGGGUGAUCCAUGUGUGUGAUGUUCCAAAGGGUGGAGUGUCUGUACUCGGGGAAACUCCCCCAAAAGGGGGGAACUCCAUGGGGGAGCAAGAUUUACCCGUUUUCGUGGAACAGAAGCGGUUACAAGACGCACUCACGGAAGAGUUCAAAGAAGCAGUAAAUGAUAUAGCAAUAGCUAGACUGAACCCGAAAGUGCAAGACACAAAGGUGAGCAGCUACGUAACUUACCACGUAAUACUCGAUGAUGUGAAAGGGAAUGACGGAGACGAAUUAAAUACAAUUGAGAAGGCGCUCAAGAACUUCCUCAAUAGGCAUAACGAGCUGCUUCUAGAAAAUUAUGUGAACGAUGUAUACGCCUGUGUGUACAGAAAGGGAGGCGAAUCUUCCAUGGGGAUACUCAAAUUGGAACCGAAAAAGGUACUCAGACUGCACGUCCUCUUCGAUGGAGAAAAUAAUGUUGUUGAAGAGGUUGAAAGUGUACCCCCCUUUGAUGUAGACGCGUUGUACUUAAAAAGAAAAAGGGCUAGAGAUAUAGAUACGUUAUAUGCCUACGAUUUUGUCAAGGCGAUAAAUAUUUCCCUAAACAGGAUGAACAACGGUGGCCCAGAAGAUCUGUUCACAUAUGUGAACAGCGUGAAGGAGUUUAAGAUGGACUUUGAUGCACUGCAGGGGAACACCACAAGGAAGGCAGCUUCCCAUGCAGAUGGUCUGUUUCUCCAGCACGACGACCUCAGCGAAGACGAAGUGAAGAUAAGGAACGCGCUCUACCUGUCAGAUAAGCUAAACGUGGGCCAAAACAAACUGAGCGUCAUCGGCCUGUUGAUGAACGUGAGGACAGUCGAAUACAAAGAAGGAAGAGACGUAAUUUUUAUUAUAAACGAUAUAACGACGCAUGGUGGCUCAUUCAGUGUAGUGGAAGACCAGUUAUUUUAUGCUAUAUCUAGCUACGCCAGGGAGAAGAAAAUUCCACGUAUUUAUAUAUCCUGCAAUUCAGGUGCAAGAAUUGGGCUGUACAGUUUUCUGAUGGAUAAAAUUCAAGUCAGUUGGAAAGACGAAAAGAAGAAGGAACUCGGGUAUGACUACAUUUACAUAACGGAGGACGUGAAAAAUAAAAUAGCCAAGGAGGACAUAAUAUUUUUAAAGGAAGUUAUUCAAAAUGGGGAAAAGAGAUACCUAAUCGAAGGUAUAGUAGGAAAUUUAAGCAACCAUAUUGGAGUGGAAAAUUUAAGGGGGAGUGGUCUUAUUGCUGGUGAAACAUCCAAAGCGUAUGAUGAAAUUUUUACCCUGUCAUAUGUUACUGGCAGAAGUGUUGGCAUCGGCGCUUACCUUGUUAGACUCGGGAAAAGGACCAUCCAGAAAAAAGGUUCUUCUCUUUUACUAACAGGGUUUAACGCACUAAAUAAAAUAUUAGGGGAAAAGGUCUACGUUAGCAAUGAGCAAUUGGGAGGGGUCAAAAUUAUGAUGAGAAAUGGCAUAUCUCAAGUGGAAGCUCAAAAUGAUCAGGAUGGUGUCGACAAAAUUUUCAAGUGGCUAUCCUAUGUGCCCAAAACAAGUGACCAUUACUACGACGUUAUUGAGAAGGAGCGCCAGAAGACAAGUCAAUUUAGCUACUAUGAGCAGCCUAACGGGGAGGAGGUACACAGCGCUGCAAGGGAAGUGAAACCCACAUUGCAGGGGGAACCUCCAAAAAUGCACUUCCAAAAAAUUAACGACAUAGACAUGGAUAACAUACAAAACUCAGAUGUAGUCGAACUGAUAAGAGGCACAGACACGAAGCAGGGGUUUUUAGACAAAAAUAGCUACUUCGAAUAUAUGAAUGAAUGGGGAAAAGGGAUAAUAACGGGGAGGGGGAAAUUGGGUUCCAUCCCUGUUGGUGUAAUAGCUGUUAACAGAAAUUUAGUAACGCAGGAUAUUCCGUGUGACCCAGCAUUGAAGACGAAAGCAGUGAGAUCAACACAUGCACCAUGUGUUUUUUUCCCGGACAAUUCAUACAAAACGGCUCAGUCGAUAGAAGAUUUUAAUAAAGAAAAUUUACCCCUAUUUGUUUUUGCCAAUUGGAGGGGGUUCUCAGGUGGCACAAUGGAUAUGUUUAACAGCGUCUUAAAAUUCGGCUCCAUGAUUGUUAAUCAGUUGGUAAAUUACAAGCACCCCGUUUUCGUGUACAUCCCAAUUUGGGGGGAACUCAGAGGUGGGUCAUGGGUUGUUGUAGACGAAACGUUGAAUAGCCAGAUUAUAGAGAUGUAUGCGGAUACGAACAGUAAAGGGGGCAUUUUGGAGCCACCCGGGAUUGUCGAGGUGAAGUUCAGGUUACCCGAAAUUAGGAAGCUCAUGCACGGGAUUGACUCGUCCAUAAUUGCUCUGGAUAGGCGGAUGGCCGAAGCGCAGGAGGAUGACGUGUCCAGAAUAAAACAAGAAAUAGAGGACAAAGAAAAGGAGCUCUUGCCAUUUUAUUUGCAAGUGUGCCACAGAUACGCAGAUCUCCACGACGUGUCCAAAUGCAUGCAGUCGAAGGGAGUGAUUAGGAAAAUCGUUCCUUGGGAGAAAGCCCGUUCCUUCUUUUACUACCGCCUCGUGCGGCGGUUGCUGAUGAGCACGCUCAGCAAAAAAUACGGAACUGCGUUGACCCAAAGUGAAGAAUUCAAGAAGCUCACCAGUGACAUCGCCUCCUCAGACGAAGACGACUACGAAGUGUGCAGGAGAAUUUUAAAUGAAAAUACUCUGAGGGAUAUAGAGCGAUUAACGGAGGAUCUGCAUCACCAGAAAACGCUGGACGAGUUUUACAGGGCCUUUCAAAGUUUGUCCCUCCAACAGAGAAGGGAACUCUUUAGCAAGCUGAGUUCGCACCAGUAG